AAGGUCCAAAAUUUUUGAUUUUGACUCGCAUGACUCCAAAUUCUAUUUUACUUUUAUGCAGCAUCGAAGUCUUUCUUUCUUUCUUCAAUAAUCCUACCUUGAUUGAAUUCAUUCUAUUGUUUCAUUAUUCAAUUUACUUUGUGUAUCAUCAAAACUUGUCGGGAUAAAAUAGGAAUAAUACGUGAACGAGGACAAAAUUGCAACUGAAGUGAAAUUUGAGGACCAAUCUAGCAAUUAACUUUCCUGUUCCAAUAACCUGGAUCUUUUGCAACAAAUUCGGGUCCGACCGAAGAUCGUCCUUUACCUUCACGUCAAUUCCCAUUUCACAAAACGCUACCCCUCAACAAUGGCGGCAAUCGCCGAAUCAUCGGAAGCAAAUGCAAACUCGCCGUCGCCGUCGUUACUAGCAGAAAGCGUUAAACAUGAAGACAAGUCAAAUUCCUUGGAAGAGAUUGUUCCAUGGAUCGACAACGCAGUGCAACAGGCUCAGCUUGCUAAGAAGACCGCAGAAAACACAUUCGAGAAUGCAAUUCAGGCGACCAAAUCGCGUCUCGAUCGUAUUUUAACCACCUCCUCUUCUCACUUUAAUCAAACACUUGAUACCUUGCAAGACCUGAAGUCUGACUAUAGAGUGUAUGAGGACUUGGUUUUUGGGAAGAUCAGUGAGGGUCUUCUCGUUGCUGCUUCACACCCCCUAGCAACUACUGGAGCUGUUCUUGGUGUUGGAGCCGUGGGUCUGAAACGGCCGAGACGUUUCUUGUAUUAUAGUGCUGUGCGGCUAUUUGUGAGUGAACAGGUCUUGCUUUCUAGAGCAGAGGCAAAAGUCAAAGAAUUACAGAAAUCAGUUAAACUUCUGAAGGAUACAAGUGUAAAGUUGGAGAAUGAAGCGGUAGCAGCUGAAGGAGAGAUGAUACGAGGAAGGACAAAACUCAGGCAAGCAGGCAAACAAAUCCGUAGUGCCAUACAGUCAGCUUAUAAGAUAGAAAGGCAAGCUGCAGGUCUCAAAGAUGCUCUUAAAGAGCUUCCUCGGAAAGAAGCUUCACUCUUCCGGUCAAAAGUUUCGAGUCUUGCUUCAGAUGUAAAAAAGGAAAGGAAUGUUCUCGCCAAGGAAGUUACAAAGAUAAGCAAUUAUGGCAUAUCCAUCUGACUGAAUAGCACUCUUGUUUUAUACGACCCAACUCAUGCUGGACGUCAGGCACCAAAUACUGUUCCUUUCUGUCUCCCGUUUCUUUCUCAUUUAAAAAAGAGCAUUCUAGGAGCUCUAAUUUUGGUCUUUUUAUAGUUCAGUCAUCAACUCUGACUUUGCUGCACGGCCUUGAGAGUUAGGGAUCUGGUUGUUUUUUCUACUCCGAAUAAGUAAUGGUUUGAGUGUAGAAGUUCUAGGGCAUGGGCUUUUUACCAACAUCUUCAGUCCCUAAUUCUUAAGUGAAAAAAGAAAAACCUUUUGUCAUGACUGUCAUAUUCCUGCACUGUAACAUUAAUUCUAGCAGUUGGCCAAUUUGAACUGCUAGUUGAUACUGUUUGUACUAAUCAUUCAUGCUAAACCAAUGGAGAGCUGUGUUCAAAUUCCA